AUGGGUCUCCUCGUCGGCGGCUCGGGCUCCUCGCAGCUCGACAUCACGGGUGGCACUCAGCAGGCCCCAAAUUCCGUCCUCCGGGUGAUUAUUGAAAAUAUGAUGGUGCCAGUGACGCUUGACAUACUAUACGAGAUUUUUCAUCGAUUCGGCAAAGUGCUCAGGAUUAUUACGUUCAACAAAAACAAUACUUUCCAAGCCCUCGUCCAGCUAAGUGAGGCCAGGGCGGCGCAGUUGGCGCGACAGGCGCUUGAUAAUCAGAACGUCUUCAACGGGUGCUGCACACUUCGCAUAGACUACAGCAAAUUGGCGACGCUGAACGUCAAGUACAACAACGACAAGAGCCGUGACUACACCAAUCCGAAUCUGCCGUCCGGCGAGCUGACUCUUGAGCAGCAGCUCAGCUUGGUAUCAGCCAAUCUUCCGCCCGGCUCGAUGUUGCCGUCAUUUGCAUUCCCGUUCGCGUCAGCAACACCGACAGCAUUUAUCGCACCACAGCAGGCUGCAGCGUUGUCGAGUGAAACCCUCGCCGCCGCCUCAUCCGUCUCGCCAUUCCUCAGCAGUCUCGGUGCUGCUUCUGGCCUCGGUCUCGGCGCCCUAAACCCCACCGGGCUCAACACAGGACUACGCUUCCCAGUAACCCUCCUCAACGUGACGAGCGUCGUGCUGGUGUCAAACUUGGACGAACAGAAGGCCACCCCGGACGCCCUCUUCACCCUCUUCGGCGUCUACGGCGAUGUGUUGCGCGUGAAGAUCCUGUUCAACAAGAAGGACAACGCCCUCAUCCAGUACUCCGAGCCGCAGCAGGCGCAACUUGCCAUUCAACACCUCGACAAGAUCAAAUGGAAUGAGAAGGUGAUUCGCGUCGCUGCUUCAAAGCAUACUACGGUUCAGAUGCCAAAGGAAGGCCAACCGGACGCCGGACUCACCCGCGACUACGCCCACUCACCCCUGCACCGCUUCAAGAAGCCGGGCAGCAAGAACUACAUGAACAUCUACCCACCAUCAUCCACCCUCCAUCUAUCAAACAUCCCGCCCACCAUCACCGAGGAGUUCCUCGCCCAGGCGUUUACUGAUAAUGGAUACACGCCCAAGGCGUUCAAGUUUUUCCCGAAGGACCACAAGAUGGCCCUCCUUCAACUCGACGACGUCGAGCAGGCCAUCGACGCCCUGAUCGUCAUGCACAAUUACAAACUGGCCGAGAAUGCUCACCUCCGGGUCUCCUUCUCCAAGUCUGGGAUC